GGCUGAUGGAAAGCUGCCAAAGAACGAAGACAGAAACUUUAAAAGGCAUCAGUUCUCAUAAACCUGACGGAGAAGAAAGAACUGUUUUCUAUAACUUAGGCAUUUGUGUGAAACCAUGGCCAACUGUGCUCAGGUACAAAGAGGUGCUGCACAAGUGGAGACUACAAGUAACAGAGAUCUGGAUCCACAUGAAGAACUUCGGAUAGUGUUGCUUGGAAAGACAGGAAAUGGGAAGAGUGCAUCGGGAAACACCAUCCUGAACCAAAAGGCCUUCACGUCAGUCCUCUCUCCAGGCUCUGUGACGUCAGAGUGUGAAAAGGCCAGAGGAACGGUGGAUGGACGUAGAGUGGCAGUCAUUGACACACCAGGAAUUUAUGACACAAAGUACAAAGAAGAUGAAGUGAUUAGAAAGCUGAAAGAAUGCAUCUCUCUUUCCGCUCCUGGUCCCAACGUGUUCUUGAUUGUGAUCAAGUUGGACAGAUUCACAGAGGAAGAACAGAAAACGGUUGAACUCUUGCAGCUGGUGUUUGGUGAAAAAGCUUCAGAUUACUCCAUGGUUCUGUUCACUCAUGGUGACAAGCUGAGAGGCACAAGAAUUGAAGAUUUCUUUAGAAAGAGCCCCCAGCUUAGCCAUUUGAUUAGAAAAUGUAACUGGCGGUAUCACGUCUUCAAUAACAAAGUUUCCCAUAGCAGUCAGGUACCUCAGCUGCUUGAAAAGAUAGUAAGUAUGGUCUGUGAUAAUGGAGGAACAUUUUACACAAAUGAAAUGUUCCAGGAGGCUGAGAGAGCGAUCCAAGAACGAGCAGAGAAGAUUAUGAAGGCUAGUGCAGAGCAAAAACGCAGAGAAGAGGAAAAACUGAGGGCUAUGUUUAAAGGAGAACAGCUGCAGGCAGAGCUAAAGUAUCUUCAAGACGAGUAUACAAGAAAAUCAAGAGAAAAGGCGGAGAAGAAAAACAAAUUCAUUGAAACUGGUUUGAUCGUAACAACAGCUGAAGUGGGUAUUGCAAUCGGGGCUGCUGCUGGUACUGUGGGAGGUCCACUUUGCAUUGGCAUGGGGGCGGUGGUGGGCGGAGCUGUCGGGGCUAUAGUCGGAAUCUUGGUACCAGCAGCAGCAAAAGUUCUGAAAGAGAAAUGCUCUGUACAAUAAAACGUACUGCAUUUACCUGGUGAGCACUCACUGAGGGGGACGUUACAGCCUCCUGUUACGUAUCUUUAAAAAACUCAUCUUUUAUCAUGAACUGAUCAAUUUGAAUGGAUGGACCAAAAGUAAACCUGCGGGGAUUGGGGGAUUAAGGGAUUGUCUUUUUUAUUUUAAUUUCACUAUGUCCCAGUUCUACUAUUCUGCAGUUAUGCGUCUUUGUAUCUUUUCUAUGGCACACUGUCCUUCCACAGUAAUAAUACGUUCCAUGUUGAAUGUCAGUGCAUUAUUUCUUAUGAAGUAAUUGUUUGUGGAGGCACCUAUUUUAAACAUUUCUAUCAUUUCUCUUACAUAAUCUGCCGGACUGAAAGAUGAUUUCAGUAUCAAGGGCUUUUUAUGGACAAGUGUCAGAAUAUAGAAACAUAGCAUGUGUAUCAUGUAAACAUGUAACCUCAUUUUUAACGCUACCAUUUCACCUGUUUUUAGUCAUUGUCAUAUUUUGAUGUAUAGAUGUAUAAGACAUAUAUGUGACCAUAGGGAGUGAAUUACCAUGUGGCCCUUUAUAGCUACAGUAGGUAACUUUUAUUAAAAAGUUUUUGUCAUAUAUGCUGAAACUUUCUUUCUAUGCUGACAGUUACAUGAGACAGAAAAUCUGUAAAAAAAAAAAAGAAAAUCAGGUACCUCCUGGUAUUUGCAAGAAUCCACCGCGGCUGAAUGAAAACAACCUUGAAAACGAGUUUUGGGACUUGAAUGAAACUCAACAGUCAACUAUCAUUCUCAGGAUUUUUUAUAAAACCUACUUAAGUGUUCAGCCCUUCACUUGCUGACUCUUGUAUAUAAAUGACACAGCCUCCAUUUUCCUCCAUGCCAAGACCACAAGACUGAAGCAUUUGUUGAUAGGGCCAGUAAGGAGAACAUUGGUGAAAUUAACAUGAGUCAACUUUGUCCUUAAAAUCUGAGGGUGAGCUACCUUUUUACUUAUAGGUAUUCAACUUUGGAACUCAUAUGACACUAUAUUAACACGACAAACAAAAUACUGGGGAGUUGCAUGCUUUCAAAGAUCUAAACAUCUAUCAUAUAUAAAACAUUUUUUUAUUUGUAUGUAUUUUAUCAUUUUUAUUAUGUGUGUGUUCCCACAUAACGUUUGUGCAGAGUGAAAACAGACAAAGAACAGCUUUUGAAAGUUAUAUGUGUGUGUGUAUCUGUGUGAGGCCUUUGGGGGGCCAAGUAAGUAGUCAUAUUUUCAAAAAGUGCUUUUGUUAGCUAUGGUGUUUUUUUCUACUUCUGUUUCUAAAAGAGCUGUUUAGGCAGAUGGGAAGUGGAUGUGUAAAGAAGUGUACACAAUAAGCAGCCACACAGAAGCACUCCAGGCAAAUUCAUGUCAGACAAACAGUAUUCAUGUAAAACACACUACCUUUAUCUGUUUAUCUGUGGUGGGCUAAUGGUUGAAUAUGUGAAAAAAUAAAUACAUUCAAUUAAUAA